CGCUGAUCCGCUUAAUAAGAAAAACACAAAAUGGCGUCCUAUUGUCUGACUGUCACCAGACUCCGGCUGGCCCUUGGAACCGGGGCGAGAAGGUUUCAUGUCUCUUCAGCCUUCAGCGCCAGGGCCAAGGUGGCCAUGAGCCGCUUUGAGCCCGGCUCCAGCAUCAAUUAUGAGAAGAUGCACGAGAGCAUCAACGUCGUACGCAGGAGGCUCAACAGGCCUCUCACGCUGUCCGAGAAGAUCGUGUACGGUCACCUGGACGACCCGGCGGGGCAGGAGAUCGACCGCGGCCGCACUUACCUCCGCCUGCGCCCGGACCGCGUGGCCAUGCAGGACGCCACCGCCCAGAUGGCCAUGCUUCAGUUCAUCAGCAGCGGCCUGCCCAAGGUGGCCGUUCCCUCCACCAUCCACUGCGACCACCUGAUCGAGGCCCAGAUCGGAGGAGCCCAGGACCUGCAGAGGGCUAAGGAAAUAAACCAGGAGGUUUACAACUUUCUUGCAACCGCUGCAGCAAAAUAUGGAGUCGGCUUCUGGAAACCAGGCUCAGGCAUCAUCCAUCAGAUCAUCCUGGAGAAUUACGCGUACCCUGGAGUGAUGCUGAUCGGCACAGACUCCCACACUCCCAACGGCGGCGGUCUGGGCGCCAUCUGUAUCGGAGUGGGAGGAGCCGACGCCGUGGACGUCAUGGCUGGAAUCCCCUGGGAGCUCAAAUGCCCCAAAGUGAUUGGAGUGAGGUUGACGGGGACCCUGUCUGGCUGGACGUCCCCGAAAGACGUCAUCCUGAAGGUGGCCGGCAUCCUGACGGUGAAAGGCGGCACCGGCGCCAUCGUGGAAUAUCACGGGCCUGGAGUCGACUCGAUCUCCUGCACCGGAAUGGCCACUAUCUGCAACAUGGGAGCUGAGAUCGGAGCCACCACCUCCGUGUUCCCCUACAACCAUCGCAUGAGGACGUACCUGGAGAAAACCGGCCGCGGAGAAAUCGCCUCCGUGGCCGAUCAGUUCAGAGACGACCUGGUCCCGGAUAAAGACUGCGAGUACGACCAAGUCAUUGAGAUCAACCUGAGCGAGCUGAAGCCCCACAUCAACGGACCGUUCACCCCCGACCUGGCCCACCCCGUGUCCGACAUCGGGGCCGUGGCUAAGAAGAGCGGCUGGCCCCUGGAGGUCAAAGUCGGUUUGAUCGGCAGCUGCACCAACUCCAGCUACGAGGACAUGGGUCGAGCCGCCUCCUUGGCCAAACAGGCCCUGGACAAAGGCCUGAAGUGUAAGGCCCAGUUCACGGUCACGCCCGGUUCAGAACAGAUCCGCGCUACCAUCGAGAGGGACGGAUAUGCCAAGAUCCUGAGUGAUGUCGGGGGAAUUGUUCUCGCCAACGCUUGUGGACCUUGUAUCGGACAGUGGGACAGGAAGGAUGUGAAAAAAGGAGAGAAGAAUACCAUCGUCACAUCUUUCAACAGGAACUUCACUGCUAGGAAUGACGCUAACCCUGCUACUCACGCUUUCGUCACCUCUCCUGAGAUUGUCACAGCUUUGGCUCUCGCUGGGACCCUCAACUUCAACCCUGAGACCGAUUACCUUACCGCCCCCAACGGAGAGAAGUUCAAGCUGGAACCCCCCACCGGUGACGAGCUCCCCUCCAGAGACUUCGAUCCGGGCCAGGACACCUACCAGCACCCCCCCGCUGAGGGCAGCUCAGUCAAGGUGGACGUCAGCCCCGCCAGUAACCGUCUGCAGCUGCUCGAGCCCUUCGACAGGUGGCACGGAAAAGACCUGGAGGACAUGAGGGUCCUCAUCAAGGUGAAGGGAAAGUGCACCACUGACCACAUCAGUGCCGCCGGGCCUUGGCUCAAGUUCCGCGGACAUCUGGACAACAUCUCCAACAACCUGCUGAUCGGUGCGGUCAACAUCGAGAACGACGCCGUCAACAAAGUCAAGAACCAGCUGACGGGAGAGUACGGAGGCGUCCCAGAUGUCGCUCGCCAAUACAAGGCCAGUGGAGUGAACUGGGUGGUGGUUGGAGACGAGAACUACGGUGAAGGAUCCAGCAGAGAGCACGCUGCCCUGGAGCCACGACACCUCGGAGGACGCGCCAUCAUCGUCAAGAGCUUCGCCAGAAUCCACGAAACCAACCUGAAGAAGCAGGGCCUGCUGCCUCUGACUUUCAAUGACCCCCGAGACUACGACAAAAUUCGCCCCGAUGACAAGAUCUCAAUCACUGGCCUGAAAUCCUUCGCCCCCGGCAAGCCCCUGACGGCCGUGAUCAAGCACAGCGAUGGCAGCCAGGACUCCGUCUCUCUGAACCACACCUUCAACGAGACGCAGAUCGAGUGGUUCAAGGCCGGCUCCGCCCUCAACAGGAUGAAGGAGCUGCAGUAAAUCACACAAAGAGGAGGGUGGUGGGGCCCGUAGGGGCCGUCGAGGGGCCUUAGUGAGUAAAAGGGGGGGGGGGAACGUGGACCGUGGAGAGGUUGCUUUGUAAAGAGGGAGAGACGAUGUUUGGGGACGACAUUGUAAGAAACGACACACAAACACCCACAAGGUCGCUGUACAGAUGAAAAAGCGCACACACACACGAACACACACACAUACGAGCACUUCCAUCCAGGGACGGGAUUAUUAUAAAAGCACUUUAGGGCGACAGGGAGAACAAGAGCACAGAAGUGAAGCUUUGCAGCACUCCUCAGUUUAAAGACGUAUUUAAACUCAUUAGUUGAGCGUAUUUAUUCCUUGUAUCCUUCACUUGACCAUCAGUUAUUAUUUUACUGUUAUUGUGACCCACUGCUAUCACUACUGUUCAUACUAGGGAUGUCUCGAUCCAGCUGUUUCUGGCCCCUGAUACAACACCAAUAUUUUUCUAUUAUUCAGUCGUGGCCGAUCAUUGAUGGUGUGUUCGGAAACUUUUCUCUUCCUUUAAACGCAGUAUUUGUUGCUUCGGUUCAUCCUCCAUGGAUUCCGUGGGGAUAUUUUUGAAGCUAUUUGCUUAAAACGGAAGAAGAAGAAAAAACAAAUUACUGCAAAAGAUCAGACUUUGCAGCAGUUUGAUAGAAUUAUUUUCCAGCUUUUACGAUCGGGACAUCCUUAGCGCAUAAGAGUUAGCAUCUAGUGGCACAUACUUGAUUUAGAACCAGAGUUAACACUGUAAAAAAUGUAAUUGUUGCCUCAGUUUCAAUCUAACGUUUCGUCUCUAACUCCAAACUCUGACACUCCCAAGAGGCUCUUCUCUGGAAAUUGUGUCACAAAUUGUCAGCACAUAACUGAAGCCUGGAUGUUGAGACUUGCAGCACUCCUCAGUUUAAAGCUUUACUUGUUCAUUGAAGCAUUCACUUGACUGUAGGUAUUUUAUUUUGUUUGUGACCUACUAGUAUCACAACUGUAUUUCUUUUAGAAGGAUAACGUUUAGCUUUUCCCAAAAAACAAGCAGUAACACAAAAGCAUUAUUUAUAAACACGUACAGUAUACCCACCAUGAUUACUGUGAACUUGUAGCUGCGCAAACCUGAUUUGGACUCAGAUUUAACAAAGUUCAAUGGUAAAAAUUAUAAAAAAUGUAAUAGGGAUCUCAGUUCUAAUGUUGGUCUCUUGGUAUCACACCUGUAUUUCUUUUAGAAGGAUAAAGUUUAGCUUUUGCAAAAAAAAAAAAAAAAAGAAUUAACACAAAAGCUUGGCCAUUACUGUAAAAAAUUUAAUUGUUACCUCAGUUUUAAUGUUAGCAAACAAGCUACCUUAGUCUCCAAACUCCACCUACAGUAUACUCACCAUCGUUAAUGUCAGCUUGUAGCUGCACAAACCUGAUUUAGACCCAGAUUUGACGAAGUUCGAUGGCGAAUACUGUACAAAAUGUAAUCGUUACCUCAGUUUUAAUGUUUGUCUCUUUAGGCAAAGAGCAAACAAGCUAACUUAGUCCCCAAACUCCAAACCCUGACACUCCCAAGAGCUUCUUCUCCAAAAAAUGUGUCUUUGUUCGACAAAUUCACUCAAAUAAGAGCAAAUAACUGAAGCCUGGAUGUUUAUAAGUUCAUUUAUUCAUUCAAACGUUCGGUUGACCAGAUACAUGUAGUAUCACUACUGUAUUUCUCAGAACAGGAACCUACUGUAGAAAACAAACAAACAAAAACCAGUUCCUUACUUCCUCAAUAUUUAAUGAUCGUCUCUUUAGUUUCUUUUUAAACAGGAAACAAGCUAAUUUCCAAAACCCGAACUGUGAUCCUUCCACCACCGUGCUUCACAGUAGAUAGUCAUCGCUCUGUUGGCUCUCAGUCUGAAGAAUUUGUUUUCCUGCUAUCGCUAACAUUUCAACGAGAGCUGAACCUCUGCAGCUCUUCCUUAAAGACAAGACCACACUUUGACCACAGGAAAACACACAUUGAAACUGUGUAGUAAAACCAGCUGUGGCCGACGUGUCCACUCUUACUUUUUUUUCCCACAUUAAAUCUCCUGAGAUGUUGUGUUGUUUUCUCCCUGGUUUUCAGCCAGAGUGUGAAUCAUCCUCGUGUAGCUCGUAUGUGAGAUGACGGUGUGUGUUCAUCUUUAAACCGAGUGUUUUUUCAGGUUGGCGUUUGGUCGUCUCUCUCUUCUUACGCAAACUAACGCACAAUCUAGAUGCCUGAGCGCUAGCACUUUGUAGAGUUAGCCGUGUAGUUUUAGUCGUGCUUUGCCAUGAAUUACUGUUGAUCUGCAAACAUAUUACUGUUCAGCGUACAUGUGAUCUUCAAUACUGACAUAGAUCUCGUAAUGUUCGUGAUGGAUACUUGAGAUUUUCAGACAGGCAGAUCUAAAGGGGACCUAUUAAUGCUUUUACUUGUUUCUUAUGAUAACGGUACAGUGUUGGAUGUUCAUGUUAAACGUGGCCAAAAAAAUAAUAAUAAAUAACGAAAUGAAUGAAUGUAAACGUGAUCCCUGUGAGCCAAAAGUAUUGAGCUUGACAUGGCUUCAAGCUCUUUUUCUACUUUUUAUGAUGGAUUUCCGUAUAUGGUCGUCUUUGGCAAGAUGGCAAGACCACUGAAUCAAACUUUUAUCAAGAUGUGUUCUCAUAAAAACGUCACCAGUCUCCGUCCAAGUACUGUUCCAGUUCAAAGUAUAAUCUGUACAAUCAGUACAAUCCGAAUACCUGGAUGCUCCGCCCCUUUUAUCAAGAAUGCAUCGAUAGGGUGGAUGUGGUACAACCCGAUAUCCCACAAUUGCAUUGCAAUUAAGCUGCUUGUCUUCUGUCCUCCACAGUGAAACUUAUCGUGUCCGAACUACUAAGCUAAAUUAGCCUGGAAGCUAGCCCUAAGUCCCUCCCCUUUGUGGGUCGUCUGGGCGGAGCUUAAAGGGACAGUGCAGAGAGGCUGAAUUUGUUUGAUUUGUUUUUGACUGUGAAUCAUACGAGGCUACUCGAGAAGAGAGGAUGGGAAAUUAGCAUAAUAGGUCCCCUAAGUUUGGUUGUGCUAAUGUGGGAUGUCAAAGCUAAAUUCUCCAUUUGUUCUUUGUUAGUAUUAGUCUUUGUUUAGUGCACUCCGUUAUAACAGAGUAAAAAUCUAAAGGGAGUAAAACCGAGUGAGAUACUGAGAUUGAAAAUUAUCUGAUGUAUAGCUCGACUUUGUACAGGGGUGCAUAACUCAUAGAUGAUUAUAUAUUAUAUAUACAUAUAAAUAUGAUGAUGAUGAUAAUGUAUUAAAGCACAAAUAAUUAGAUGAGAGUCACAUACUGUAUGCUGCCUGUCUAAAUGAGACCUUAACUCAGUGAGUUCCCUUCAUCAGUCUCCAUUAAUCCAUUUCCAGCUGAUUCAUUUUGACUUUGGGUUUAAAUUAAGCACAGAUGUUGAAUUGUUGGGAAAAGAUCACUGAGUAAAGAGGAGUUUCUUUUUAGUUUCUAUGUAUUUUCUUAAUAUUUACGUAUCGUCAAAUUGUUGAGAUGAUUUGAAAUCACACCGACUGAACUUUAGGGACCUUUUGGACGUUAAUUAAUUAAUUGUUCAUGCACUCCACUGCUCGAGUCUUUCCCCACAGAAAUGUCUCGGCUCUUCAUAAAUAUGAAAUUUAUAGAGAGAAAUAAUAUAAUCAAAACAUACCCGUUGAUUAUUUGACAAUCAAUAGUAAAUAGCUGCUUGUGAGUCUUGUACUGUGACGUAAAUUAACGCUUUGCUCCUCACUGGCUCAGUUAUUUGAGAUUUUAAAGUGAUUUUAAAUGAAACGAUAUCGUCCACGCAGACAUUAUGUGAUGGCUUGACCGUUGUGUGUCAUUGUGUACUCGGAUGUUUGCUCAAAUUCCUGCUGAUGUUUUUUGAUUUUUGCUGCAUUCAUGCUGACACGGUAAAUAAAAGUUGAAUAUUAACAUCUCCUCACACUCCUGUAUAAGUAUUAACCUAGAUUUUUGUAAAUUCGAAAUGUGUGCAGGUGUAUAGCUUGCAAAGUUGAAAUAUUUACGAUAUAAAUAGUGAAAUAAUAAUAAAAAAAUUCUGA